AUGGAUCCUGCAGCUAGUGAAGAGCAGAGCCUAGUAACAGAGCAGUUGGUUGAGAAACAAAGCUUUGAACCCGAUUGUCAAGGAAAUGUUUUGAAGGAAAAUGAUGAUGAAGAGAUUGUUUUUGUUAAUGAAGAAGAAGAUGAUGACUAUGAAGACGACAUAGACAAAGAAGAUGUUGCACAGGAAGUUGAAGAUGACAUCUUGGAAGGAGCAAGACACUCCUAUGAGCAAUCCAACAGUGACAAAAUUUGGCCAGCUGAACUUCUGUUGGAACAUAAAGAGAAUAAUGUGAAAGAAGAGGAAGAAGGAAUAGAAGAACUAUUUAGGGUAGAAAACUGCAAUUUGAAAAGCACGCAGAAUGAUGUCGCCAUCAACGCCCAACAGAACUAUGAUGGCAUUGAUAGCUACCGAACGAAGUUCAUGUACCUGGAUGAUAUAGCUGCAAUCACCAGGAGAAGGAGAGUGCUUUUGGGAGCACUACUAGUGCUAAUCUGGUACUUUGUGCUUAAAGGCAUUCUUCCUCCCGUUAUAGGUGGUUCAAGAUUUUAA